GCAGCAGAAAAUAAUCAAUAACAGAACUUCACAUGCAACAUCAGUGUCUUCGGUUCCAGCCAUGGGUCAGGUGUCUUCUUCCACACCCUCUCAUAGAAAGGGUGGUGAUUUGUCCUCCAACUUCGAGGAUUUUUUUAAGGAAUUCAAGAUGGAAAGAAAAAUCCUCUCUCAGGAAACCAUCACCUCGAUUCAGUCAUAUCUGGUGAACGGGGACCUUCAGAGAGCAGUUUCUGUAAUCAGCGAUGCAUUGAGAGACAUGGAGGAUGUCCCAGUUAACAUUGCUGUGACUGGGGAGUCUGGGACAGGGAAGUCAAGCUUUAUCAAUGCCCUGCGGAGGGUGGAUCAUGAGGAUGUUGGGGCUGCCCCCACUGGGGUAGUGGAGACAACCUUUAUGAGAACUCCAUACAAACACCCAAAGUUUCCCAAUGUGACACUAUGGGACCUUCCUGGUGUGGGGACCAGUACCUUUCCACUACAGACAUAUCUAAAGAAAAUGAAAUUUGGUGAAUAUGAUUUCUUUAUUAUCAUCUCUGCUACACGCUUUAGGGACAAUGAUGUAUUUCUGGCCACAGAAAUUAGAAAAAUGAAGAAGAAUUUCUGCUUUGUCCGAAGUAAAGUAGACAGUGAUUUACAUAACCUAGGAAUUAGUAAAUCGAGCACAUUUAACAAGCAUGAAAUCCUGCAACGGAUCCGUGAUGACUGUGUGACACAUCUGCAGAAGGCCAAUGUGGGUGAUCCUCAGAUCUUCUUAGUUUCCAGCUUUGAGUUGUCUGGCUAUGAUCUCCAAAGCCUGGAGACUGCCAUGCUGAGGGGGCUCCCUGCCCACAAGCGCCACAUCUUUAUGCAAUACCUGCCGAAUGUUACCGAGGCUGAUAUUGACUGGAAGAGGGAUGUUCUGAGACAGAAGAUAUGGUUGGAGGCCGUGAAGGCUGGAGCAUCAGAAAAUCCUUUCAUGGGUUUUGUCAGUGAUAAUGAUGUGGAGAAGCUGGAAGAGACUUUAACCCUCUAUAGAUCUUACUUUGGACUGGAUGAUGCAUCCCUGGAAACUACAGCCAAGGACUUGCAUGUGUCAGUGGAGAAACUCAAGGCAAACCUCAAGUCUCCCCGUUUGUUAUCAGUUGAGAAGGUUGAUGAGUCACUAGAGGAAAAACUGUUCAGUUAUAUGAAAAAAUUCUGCUCUGUUAAUGGAGGACCCAUUGCCAGUGGUAUUUACUUUAGGAAGAAUUUCUACAUGCAAAAUCAUUUCCUUGAGACCGUGGUGAGUGAUGCGAAAGUUCUUCUUAAAAAAGAAGAGAUUUUUAAGGAUUCUGUGGGCUCUGGGAAAACCUAUCUACAUCAGGAUGUUGGGAAUGAUGAUGGGAAAAGUGAAACAGCCAGCUCCUGAAUUAUUCUAAGUGCUGACAUGGCACUGAUGCCUGGAAAGUUGACUUAGGGCUCCCCAGAAGCAAUACUGACCCACUGCUCUCAGGGAUUGUCACAGAUAUUUCCAUAAUUUAUUCUUGAACAAACCAUGAACAUAGUGACUAUUAUUCGACAGUGAAAACAAUGAGCUCUGAAGAAUCCUUCCUUCAUAUGAUCCUUUCUUGGGAAAAUGAAGAACAGGAAUCUGGAAUUUUUCUGCUUAGUGGGGAGUAUAACACUUUGUGUGAUGGUUACUUUUUACUCAGCACUGGUCUUUCUACUGAUAUAGUAGGAAUAAAAUGGCUGUACACACAGUAGGUCCUCAAAAAUGAUUUUUUAAGUCAAUGUAUACAUAGUCUGUUUUUUUGUGUUCCUCAUGUUCUGUUGUGAAUCCAUAAAUUGUGAACAUUAGUAGAUCAAUUAAUGUUGACUGAGAACCUCCUUGUCCUUUAUAGGGUUAUUAUUUCAGUUAAAAACACAAGAGAUGGUGAGCUGAACAUGAGUCACAGGAAAUGAAAGAGAAACAUUAGCUAAGGAAAAACUUUAUCUGGAGUACGCUGUGAGAAGGACACAUGUAUAAGAUGGAACAUAGUCCAAGGUUUGCAAAUUGCAAGUCUAGGCACCCCUUGGCUGCUAUCAGUAUAUUUUCUGUCUGAACUUGAGAGGUUAGGGAAUAAGAGAAAAGUGGAUCGUGAU